CUCUUCAGCAAGGCUGCUUUCCCUUUCUUCUCUCUGGUACUCUUACACAAUCCACUCAUUAUUUGGACUUGUUGAUGAAACUUUCACCACUGAUCAGGAUUGAUCUGCAUAUCGCCAACCAUGUCUUCAAUGUUCCAUCUCGACUUCACCACCCCUUUCCACCACCAUAGCUAUCCCGCAAUCUCACCCACUCGCCCUGAACUAUCAGCCACAGGCAAAACCAUCUUCAUCAGUGGCGGAGGACGCGGAAUCGGCACCGAGAUAGUAAAGGCAUUCGCCCAAGCCGGUGCGGCGCAUAUCAUCGUCAUAGGCCGCACCGCCUCGGACCUGACCGCUUCGGUAGCAAGCACCAAGGCCGAAUUCUCCUCCACCAGGUAUUCAACCAUUGUCGGAAGCGUAUCUUCAGUCCAAGACAUGGCCCAGGCAUCUGCAGAGGUGAAGAAGCUGUCCCCUGCAGGCAUCGAUGUCCUCAUCGCCAACGCGGGUUACCUGCAUGAUGUGGCACCCGUGUCUGCCUUGUCGGGAGACCCCAGUGUCGACAGCGCGUCCACAGCCGACUGGUGGCAGGCUUUCGAGGUCAAUGUGAAGGGCAUCUACCUGCAGGCCCGCCUGUUCCUCACGCUCGCCCGGCCAGGCGGCGUCUUCGUGAAUGUCUCAGCGGGCGCUGCUCAUCUCAUUCCGGCGAUGGGUGAGUUCUCAGGGUACGCCGGGUCGAAGAUUGGAGCAGCGCGUGUGGUGGAGGCACUCCAGGUCGAGAACCAGGGCUUCAACUUUUUCAGUCUGUGCCCCGGAGUUGUCAGGUCGGAGAUGUUGACCAAGUCCGGGCUCGAGCCUCUCUGCGAAGCGGGCAGCCUGCCAGUCGAUGAUGCCGACCUGCCAGCGCACUUUCUGGUAUGGCUAUCUAGCCCUGAGGCCGGGUUUUUGAAGGGGAAGUUUCUCUGGACCAAUUGGGAUGUUGAUGAGCUGAAGUCGAGGGAAGAAAAACUUCUUGAUGCAGGUCAGCUGGUUACGGGCUUAAUUGGUUGGUCUUGAGUGACAUGAAAGCAGUAGGCAGAACUCCAUGAUGCAUUGUGGGCUCUAUUAUUCCGGCCACAGUUAUGUGUGUCCAAUGUACUUGAGGACUUAGUUAUUUCUGUGUUAUUACCUGGGUUACUGAUGAUUAAAAUGGUUCAUCUCCUGAUGACAAGAAGCUCAUUGUGGGAAACAAAAUGGGAAAGCCGUCUUGUGAGAGAAUUUACUAAAUCUAUUCUCAA